GAUGCAGGAAUGAAUAAAAUUGAAUUGCUCUCGUAUCGUCUCGUCUCCUCUGUCUAGUCCAGUCCGUCUUCAUCAUCUCCCUCCCCCUCCUCCUCCUAUCCGUUUGAUUGACUACCCACCGGAUAAUCGAUCUCAACCCAGCUGGUUAUGCUUUGCGAGGGGGUCUCUAGAGUUGAAGAGGCGAGAUUCUUUCAAUAUUUGAUGAGAUGAGCUGAGCUGAGCUGAGCUGACUGAUCUGUGUCAGUGUCAUCGAUUUGAGGAAGGAGAAAGGAAAAUUGCAAAUUCGGAGAGACAAAUAAAGAAAGCACGAAAAGGGAAGUUUUUUAGUAGAUGCCGGAAGAGGAUUGCUUGCUGGAUAUCAAGUUCAGGUUGUACGAUGGGUCGGACAUGGGCCCUUUCCAGUAUUCAUCCGCUUCCACCAUUGAUAUGCUCAAGCAGAGAGUUGUGUCUGAUUGGCCCAAAGGUAAGACGGUCAUACCGAAAACUGCGAGUGAGAUCAAGCUGAUAAGAUCCGGUAAAGUCUUGGACAACAGCAGAACUGUUGGUCAGUGUAAAUUGCCUUUUGGAGAUGUGGCCGGGGGAGGUACAGUAAUAAUGCACGUCGUGGUGCAACCAUCUUCGACAAAAACCAAAACAGAGAAGAAAGUUGAUGACUCACCACGGAAUGUUGUCUGCUCGUGCUCCAUCCUGUGAAAGCAGAGAAGUUACCUCUAGGGGUGUAUGUGUGUGUAGCGCUGGUAUGAAUGCUUUUGAGUGCAGGAAUCAGUCUGGAUCAUCGUAAGGGCAGUUGACGCAUUCCUGUGCAGAAGUGUAUAGUGGUAGGAAUUGUGUUCGCAUAAGAUCCAUGUUUUUCAGUCUUUCCCUGUUCAUAUAUAUGUAUAUACUCCUACUACAAGCCCACAAGAUGCACACUGAGAAAGCUUUUGACGCAACGGCAUAUGCUUGAUCUCCUUGCUUGUACUAAGUUUGGCUCUCAACAAUUCUUAAUCUACAAUUACAUAUACAAUAAUGAGCUGAACGAACCAA